AUGUCUUACGAUGUGAAAUUUUCAUAUGAUGAACUGGCAUCUGAUUCGUUCCCAAUGAAAGUAGUAGAUGGAAUAAUUUUGGAAUUCAAAGGACGUCAAGUGGUGAGGAAGGAAGGCGAAAUUAUGCUCCUUGGUGCCAAUCCAUCCGCAGAAGGUGAAGAUGAGGGUGAAGGAGGUAGCGAAGAAAUUGUUGAACGGGGGAUCGAUUUUGUUCUCAAUCAUCGAUUGCAGGAGAUGAAUUGUUAUGAAGAUUUGGCCACUUUUAAAUCGUAUUGCAAGUCAUUUAUGAAAAAAGUAGUUGAGCUGAUGCAAAAGAACGGUAAAACAGAAGAUGAAGUAAAUGAAUUUAAGAAGAAAAUUCAACCUUGGGUACUGUCACUUUGGAACAGGGAUCGAUUCAAGCAGCUACAGUUUUUCGUUGGUAAGCUUUUUUUUUCGCACGUUUGCCGAGAAUCUGUGCAAAAUAUCUUGAUAAUCACGAUUUAUCGUGAUUUUUUCUUGUCAUGA